GUUUGAUGACUGUCUUGUACCCACAAUACAUUGCGAAGGAGCAUGGUUGACUUUCGGCUAGGAGUGUCAGUCCUGUGAGGAUGAAUGUGUCGUGUCUGAGCUAGAGCAGUUGAUAUUUACUAAAUCACCAGAUGCCCAACGGUGUGAAGUAACCUUCUGUGCUAUUAUUAUUAUGCUGCAAUAAUUUCAUCGAGUGAAAUUGGAAAACUUCGUUAAAAUCCGCACCCUCUGGUGGUAGACCAAAGAAGCCAAGAUGGCAGGAGUUGGGGCCAAGCGCGAGGGACCACAGUUCAUCAGCGAAGUGGCGGUGAGGGGCAACGCCGUCGUGCUGGACUACUGCCGCACCUCCGUUUCCGCUCUGUCGGGGGCGACGGCUGGCAUCCUCGGGCUGACGGGGCUCUACGGGUUUGUUUUCUAUUUCCUCUCAUCCUUCCUGCUGUCCCUGCUGCUCAUCCUCAAGGCCGGACGGCGGUGGAACAAGUGCUUCAAAUCGCGGCGGCUGCUCUUCACCGGAGGCCUGGUCGGAGGGCUUUUCACCUACGUUCUGUUCUGGACUUUCUUGUACGGGAUGGUGCAUGUUUACUGAGACGACCACCCACAAUCAGCCCUGAAAUGUUUCGAUAUGAUGCUAUGUAAGUCAUUAGGUUUGUCUAUCCUGCUGCUAUUCGUAGCUCAACCCUGUAGUGAAAGACUAAAUAUUUCUGUUGUGAGUAGAUGGUUUGAAGAAGUGUCAGUUUUACUGUAGUCCUACUACAGCUACCAGUAACAUGACCACAAUGAUUAAUAGCUUAGCUUGUAAAAUCCUAAUAAAGUGUGGCAACAUUUUCAUGUAAAACAUGGUUAUUAUUGCAACUGAUUGGAAUAAAAACCUCUGUACAGAU